AUGGCUUCGUGUGCAAAUUGCGGUUCCAUCACUGAGUAUUCGCUGGAACAGGUGUUGUGUGCCAGUGUGGACCGCCAACAACUUCUUAAAAGAUAUGACUUGGAAGAACGGAAUCUCCUACAACACAAUGACACUGCUCACAUGGACACGCAUAUUGACAGUUUGCAAUUCCUCAUCGACGAGCUUCGGAAACGACGCGCUUUGGCCUGUCGAAGUCGGAAUCGAUAUGCCCCCGUGGCACGCCUACCCGUUGAGCUUCUGUCAGAAAUUUUUCGGUUUACGCUGUCGACAGACAUCCACAAGGAUCACAAAUGCUUUCAGCCAACCACUGUUCCCUUGUUACUUGGAAAGGUAUGCUCGGAAUGGCGGAACAUUGCUUGGGGCUUGGCUGAGCUGUGGUCAUCGUUCCAUUGCCGUGUUUCUAAGACACGGUACUCGGCGCAAGCAACCCUGUUACGUGAAUGGAUAGAUCGCUCGGGUGGUCGACCCCUCGAUAUCCGUAUAACCCUUGAGGACGAAGACUCGUGGAACGUGUCCGGGAUAACGAGCACGCAUAUAAUUGAUGUGCUUCUCCUUCAUUGCCAUAAUUGGCGUUCUCUCGACCUUAUCCUUCCUGAAACUUGGUAUAACAAGCUUCAGAAUGUCCGCGAAAAGCUAGAGAAUUUGGCAUCGGUGACAAUACGACCACCUGGCUACAUAUUCAUACUUAAAUCACUGAAUGCAUUCGCCAACGCACCUUCACUGAGGCGCAUAAGUUCAUCGCAUUAUUAUAUGCACGACCUUCUCUUUCCUUGGGAACAACUCACGGAAGCCACCUUAGGUACAGCCUCCACGGAUGAGGCAAUUGAACUCAUACGACGGUGCCCAAAUCUAGUAUCCUGCAGGUUCGACGACCUUAACAGUAUCGAGGGCGAAUUCCCCUUGGACGGGGUUCUCCACACCGGGCUUAAACAACUGCGCAUAUAUCUGAACAUAUUCGCCACCCUUGCUCCAUUUAUAGGCCCCUUGACAUUGUCUAAUCUCUCUCUUUUAGAUUUGUCUGUCCCUCCAGCGCAUUCUAAUCCCUUGAAUACAGUCGAACAGCUACUAGACCGGUCGGAGUGUCCUUUACGAACCAUCAAAAUUACGGGCAUAUCUAUUCAGGACGAGGAUAUUAUUAGCUUCCUCGUUUAUAACGAUGCAGUCAAAAACGUCAAUAAUAUGAUGUCAAAGGACCAGGAUCCUGCUGUACUCUGUUCGACACCAGCAACCUAA